UCUAAUCCAGGCUUGGACCCAACCCUCAGGCCCAGCGCCCCCGUCGGCUGGCCAGGCCUCCGCUCACAUGCGUCGUCCCCCACUGAGCGGACUUGCGACCUGAAGCCGGACAAGUGUCUCUCGGGCUUUUUUCCUCCAGGAGUUGGACCUCCCCGGCGACCGGCGGCCGCCUCAUCCAUCAUGCCCGAGCUCAAGGCGCUGUACCUGGCCCGGGACCUGUCCCAACUCAAUCAGGAGACCGUGCUGAGCCCGGCCUUGAUGAAGUCCAAGGCCCAGUCCCUUCUGAACUCGAUGAGCCGCUUGAGCCGCGAAUGCGAGAGAUUUGAGGCCCAGGGCGAUCAGGAGCAGGCCUACGUGUUGGCCAUGCGGGCCUUUCAGCUCAUUACGCUCAUUCGUCAAAAGCCCGACUAUGUCAAGGACAAGAAGUACUUCGACGGGAUGAUCGGGCCCACCACCACCCACAAACUGAUCCUCAAGUGCGAGAGUCUGUCGCAGGCCCUCAAGGAACGCUACGAGAAACGAAAGGCGCAGACGCGCUUGCCCGAUCCCGGACCCCAAAUCCAACCGUCCGUGGACCAGGAUCCCGAUCCGCCCCCGCCCACGGCCCAUCCGGACCCUGGGCCGGCCAGCCAUCACCGGCCUAGCAUUGAAGCCAAGGCGUUGAAGCGACUCAUGGAUCAGAGGUCCACCGCUUUCCUCUUGUUGGACGUGCGACCUCGGGCCGAUUUUGAAGCCACCCACAUCAAGCACCCGUACGUGUUGAAUGUGCCGGGCGAGGUGUUGGUGCCCGGCGUCACGGCCAGACACGUGGAACGAGGCUUAAGAGUGCAGGACCGACUGGAUUGGCCCAAACGGUUGAGCGUGGAUCGUUUAAUCUUGUUGGAUUGGCAGAGCUCCCAAAUCGAGGCCAAUAGCCCGCUCCAAUAUCUGCGGGAUGCCAUGAUGCAGUGGGACGAAACCAAUCACCGUUAUAAGUGUGCUGAGCCCUGGAUCUUGGUGGGCGGGCACGAGGCCUUCGCCUUGCAUUAUCCCAUGGCUGUCAGCAAUCCCAAGCUAGCGCGGGCCCCCAAACCCGCUCAACGACCCACAUUAGCGGGUCUGGGCGACCUGUCCUCUCUGGAGUACCCGGACCUGGACCAGGGGUUCAUACAAACCCCGUCUCCAGAGAGGACUCCGUCGUUGAUGAGCUCCGCCUCCUCCACUAUUCUGGCUUCGGGUGCCGUAACCGUCACUCAGAGCCUUGGGCCCACGCCCGUGAUUCCCGAUCGACAGGCCAAACCCAAAGCCGUGCAUUUCCAGCCCCCCAGUCAGAUCGAAUCCCUGCCCAAUAGCAGCACAUCGAGUGUCAGUUCCCUAGACAAAGGAUUUCUCAUCUCAGAUGUGAGUUCGUCCCAACCCCCCUUGAUUCCCAGUCGAGCCCUGAAGGCCAAGGUGCUCAUUGCCCAGUCCGACCCCCGUCGAACCAUGCAAGAUGUGCUGGAGGCGGAACAGGAUCUGGUCGAGGAUUCGAUCCAAAUCGAGAAAAAAUCCUUGGCCUUGGAGAAGGAUUGGGAGCUGUUACGGCUCCGACGUGAACGCGAGCACGACGAUGUGAUGCGAUCCGAGUUGCUCAAGAAAGAAGAGGCUCUCCUGGAGCAAUUGGAGAAAGUUCAUCUCGAGAGCGAUGAGCGCGAGCAGGAAAACCGAGAACUGAGGGAACAGCUCAAGGACAUGAAAGAUCAGAUGGACCGACAAGUCCAAAAGAGCCAAGCCUUCGAUCGCGAGAUGGCCGAACAACGGCAACGCGAACAAAUUCGUGCGCGGGAAAGAGAACAGACUGAAAUCAAACGAGAGUUGGAAAAGAAGCGACAAGAGCGCCGAGCGGCUGAAGAGCGGCAUAUACAUCAAGAGAAAGAAGAAUUGGAGCGACGAGCCCGUGAAGCGGCUGCCAAGCGGAAAGAGGUAGAGCGUGAGCUCGAAGCCAGACGGCUAUUACAACAACAACAACAACAACAACAACAACGACGUCAACUGGAGUUGCAGAAGCAAAAGCAAAAACAGCAGGAGCAAUCGCAAUCGCCCCAAAGGUCGAUGCCAAAGAGUGACACCUACAAGAUGCCCUUGAAGGACGACUCGGAAUCGAGUUUCGGGUCCUUGAACCGGUCUCACUCGUCGCCGAACAUUGCCCAGUUGUUGGCCGAUGAGGAGGAAGAGGGCCGUUCGUUUGACUUUCCACGGCCGAAAAUCGAUCGGCUUGCCAAGCCUGGGAUGAGUUCCAGUUUCGGUGGAGCGCGAAAUUUCCAACCCGUUUGGAAGAGCAAUCAAGAAAAAGGCCUCACUGGUCUCAAGAACUUGGGCAAUACCUGCUACAUGAACAGUGUGCUCCAAUGUAUGUCAAACUUUCCCAUUCUCGCCCAGUUUUUUAUGGAGUCAAACUUUCAGAAACAGAUCAACAAGAAAUCCCGGACCCGUGGUGAGUUUGCCGUCGAGUUCUCCGAGCUCCUCCGUCAGUUAUGGAGCGGACAGUGCAAGUCGAUCUCUCCCAAGGAUCUAAAGAGGACAUUCGGCAAACACGUGGAGAGUUUUCAAGGGACCAAGCAGCAAGAUGCUCAUGAGUUUCUGACCAAACUAGUGGAGUCACUUCACGAUGAUUUGAAUGAGAUCCAAGUGAACAUGAAGCUCCCCGAGAUCGAUUACGAUCAAAUGGGUGAAAUCUCCGGCGCUCGCAAAGCGUGGGAGCUGGCCAAGAAAAUCGACAAGUCCUUCAUUCAUGAGCUCUUCUAUGGACAGAUGAAAUCCUCGCUAAAGUGUCUCUCGUGUGGUUUCGAGUCGCCAAAGUAUGAGACCUUCUUCCAAUUGUCUCUUAAUCUCCCCUUGGACAGUUCCAAAUGCACUGUUCGAGACUGCUUGGAGCGCUAUCUUGAGCCCGAGAGUGUCGAAUGGGCGUGUCCCAAGUGCAAGCGCAGUGGCAUGAACCACAAAAAACUCGAUAUCAUUAAGUUCCCGCUCAUUCUCAUCAUACAUUUGUCGCGGUUCUUCCACGAUGAGUACGGAUUCUCGGGCAAGAAGCAGAAUCGAGUGGAAUUCGAAAUCAAUGGCUUCAGUGUUGGCCAAUAUGCGCGAGCUUGUGGAGGCAAAGAGAACCGCUACAUGGAUUAUCAAUUACAAGGGGUUUGCAACCACUUUGGUACAUUGGAAGGGGGACACUACACGGCGUAUUGCUUCUCGCAGGCCUACAACAGUUGGUUCAAGUAUGACGACCACGAGGUCACGUCUAUGAGCGUGUCCAAUGUGAAGAGCCCGGCCGCUUAUAUGCUUUUCUACGCGGCCAAUAUUUAGAGACUCUGCCCACCAAAUGAAGAACCUGUGAUGUUUUAGUUGGUUAAUGCGCCGCAUUCACCCGCCGCCCCUCUAGAUGGGCUCUUACCCGAACACCCCCUAUUCUUGUAUCUGUAGAAAUUACACACUUUUAUCAAGUUGAAAGUAAUAUAUCAUGAUAUUCGACAUUUCUUUACCAGGAAAAAAAUGUGCUUCAAUUAAAUCGUUACUAUAAUACCGUCUCCUCGUUUUCUCUUCAUUCAGA